GUUGUUUGAGACACACAAAACGAGAGACUUUGGGCUCCAAUGUCAGUACGGCGACUGAACAACGUUUAGUCGUACGUGCAACUAGUUUACAUUCGGCACGGAAAUUUCUAUGAAGAGCUGGUUUGUUGGUGCUUGCAGUGAGGCCGCUGUGUAAAAACAUUACUAUUUGAACGAAUGUGUGUUGCGCACAUUCUGAAUGGACCUAAAUUCGUUGUUUGCUGUACAUAUGGUGUAAAUCAAGUGUCGUAUAAGAGUCAUUGUUGUUGAAUUUCAUAAAUAUUUCUUUUUGACUAGUUUAUAAAUAAUGUGUGUGUGUGUGAUCUGCUUGAGUCAAUAAAAAAGGAAUCCGUUGCCAAUUUAUUUUUAAAAAAAAAGAGGAAGAAUAAAAUAAAAGAAGAAUUUGUGUGGGGAAAUCCAAAAAUUGUUGAAACGUGCUUGUGUUUCUGCUUCGACAAAAAUCCACAUACACAAAAACCGAAAUGCGGCGACUGUAUCAAAUGUUUGUUUGUUUUCUAUCUGCCACCCGAAAGUAGUGAGUCAAUUAAUAAUUUGUUCGAGGCAACAAAAAGGAAACGGGAAGUAGUGAUGUGAAAUUAGUGUGAGAAAGAGAUGUCGAUACGAAAAAUAAAGCGUCGACAAAAUGGAACCAAAUACAAUUGCCGAAUUUGGAAAUAACGACGAUUCAGUUCGUAUGAAUGCCUUGUAAUUGGAGUGUAAACGGUGUUUUGUAAAUGAUUUUGUGUUAAAAUUUAUUGUGAAUCGAAAGCACAUUUUGACCAUACACACAACAAUUAACGCCAACAAUACGGAAUUCCACACGAAACCAAAUUCAAAUGUGUAAAAUUCAGCGGUAAACGCAUAAGUCACACAUUUCGUGUUUCUUUCAUCGAUUAAAUUUCUAAAAGUGUCGUCGAUAGAAGAGCUACCGUUUCGAAAAUGCCAUUUAUCCAGCGCAUUGUAGAACCGGUAUUCUUAUCACGGCCCACUCAACAAUCAACAACAGCGGAACAGCAACCAUCAUCAACGGCAAUAACGACAACAACAACAGUAUCAAAAGCAACGACGACGACGGCGACCCACGAUGAUUUUACAUCGAUCGCAAACUGUACACUUGCCAAUAUACUGCGACAAUUGGCAUCGGUGGUUCUGGUUGCCGAUAAAAUUCUCAGCGAUUUAGGAAAUGAAUUGCACACGAUACGCGAACGAAGCAACAACAUUCAAAAGCGCAUCGUUGGCGUUGAAAAGAGUUUAGAAAAUAUCGACGAAACGAUAAUAUAUAAAUUGAAUAAAAAGAAUUUUACAGACGACAAUGAUGUAUCAAUUUAUAAAACGAAACGAACAAUCAGCACGUCCCUAUUCACUGCCUCGACACGACCGCAACAUAUACAAAAGCUAUACGACCAAGCAGCACCAACACCGGUUCUACUCGUAUGCAACGACGACACAAGCAGCGAAACAAACUUUUCCGUUUGUCCACUCGGCCGUACCCGGCGACAGAUCACGAAAAAGAUUGAUGCAGAUAUCGAAACACGAGUCCCGGCUUCGAUUGAAGAGCUCCGAAAAUGGACGUCAUCCGAAGCGAUUGGAGAGAUAACGGUUGCUCCCAAUUGUUUGGCAAAAGUUGCAGCUAGCUCCCUGCAUAAUUCAACAAUUGCCGAAGAAUCGUAUGCCAGUUUUUCUACAUCGUAUGUGGAUGGAAUUGAUGUUACAUCGACUAGUACAAAUGACAAUGUUGACGGUGUGAAUGAUAUUGCAUUGGAUCACAAGCUACCGUCACCCGAAGAACAGUGUAAAUUAAUUGCAAAGAAAUACCCGGCCGAAAUCGUUUCCGUGAACACAUCCAAUGUACGGUUUGAGCGUAUGUGCUCGAUCCGCAAGUCAUUGGGCCACAUGCCAAUGGGUAAAAUGCGAUAUCUCGAAGAAUUCCAAGCCACCCGCCGAUCGUUGCGACCACGAAAAGCAUCGGGAAAACGACGAAACACUAUCGCCGGCAUCGAUGAUAAAGACAUCAAAGAAGCCUACACACAAAUGAGGCACAGUGCAGUUGUUGGCACAUCAUCAAGUGCUGACGAUAAAAAUAGCCAAUCAAUGCCACGCAGUAAAUCAAAUGAUUUGCUAAGAAGCAACGGAACGAUCGAUAGCCUGCGGUCGUCGAAUCGAUUUUCUAACUUCAAAGCGCUGAAACAGUGGGGGAAACAUCGAUUGAAACUAAUUAACAAAAUCGAUGAAAUUGUCGAAGGUGAAGUGACACAAAAUGGUGCCGUUCAAAAUGAUUGUCCAAAAAACUCAAAGCCACGGCCGAAGACAACGGCGGAAAAAAGUCUCAAACAAAACCCAUUGUAUUCCUCGUCGGAGAAACUGUUUACGAAUUUAAUGGAGAGUGAUAUUAAAGUAUGUUCAUCGCCAACGAAUCCAGUGAAGCUGAGAACGUCAAUGAAUCGCCGACAGCGACGCAGCAAGCAGUACCGGUGUGAAGAGCCAAAUUCGUCAAGCGGCAAUUGGAGCGCGAGCUCUGAAUCUGGUCGCACUUCGGCGAGUAGUGAGAUUGCAAUGCACAAAAAAUCGAGUAAUUCGUGUGGCUCGUUGCAUCAUAAUAAACCACCGGUCACAAAUUCGGCUGCACUAACGAAGCGAAGAAUAAACACAUCGACUUCGAGUAGUAUAACGAGUGAUGAUACUACGAAUCAUGAAGUGCCAACGGGUUAUGUCGAUCUGUUUGACGACAAUGAAAGUAUGUACUCCUGCGAUACAGAAGGCUAUUUCACAUCGUUCCACGUGGAUUCUGGACUGAAGACUCUGAAAGAAGAGGAAUCGAAUAUUGUUCCCGCUUUGCUGAGCACAUCAGCUUUAUUGCCCAUCGACGGCAGCAAUAUAUCAAGCAAUAUGGGUGAUAGCUUAAGUCGAACCACCACCUCCGUAGAUAGCAGUGAUUAUGAACUAUUCGGAAAAGGAUCCACAUCAACGACGGCUAGCUCAGGCACCGUUUGCACAGCUUUACUCGGUUCACUGAGCAACAACAGUUUAGUCGAAGUCCCCAUCGCUCCCGAACGGAAGUCAUCGUUAAACUCCAAACUAAUGAAUAUCAGUAACUAUGGAAAACCAAAACUGUUAACUAAUAAAAGCGAAAGCAUUCCAAGAAGAGGCGUUGAAAAAGAGGCUACACAAAUGCGCGAAGCGCUUACUAAUCUCAAUAAUUUCAAUAAAAUUGACAAGAACGAUUCGUCGAAUGGUGCGGCAACGACGAUAUCAGACUUGGAAAUAUCGGAAAAUUCCGAUUUCGAAGGAGUGGAACGGGUGAAACGUAUCAAAGGAAAGACGCAGAUUAAUUCGAAUCGAAUUCCAUCGAUUUGUAUCAUUACACCGUUGAACAGUGACGAUGAGGAUCGGGUUGCAGCCAUGGAGUCGAUGCUGUCAAGUUUGAAUAUUAAUCAAAAAAACUUGCCAUUAAGUGAAUUGGGCGAAGAACGGACCGUUGCACAAAUUCACAGCCCUCAAUCAUCUUCGAAACAGUUAAAUUCGGUUCCUGAAAAGAAGAAAGAGAACGAAGACAACGUGGAUAAGGAAAAGAAUGAUGAAAUCGAUGGUGAAUAUGUAACAAUCACAGAUGUUGGAUCUUAUGCCCACCCAAGCUCUUAUAGAGUGAGUGACGUUGUAAGUAAAGAUCUCGAUCAAAUAUUAUCCGGUAAUUUGAAUAAGAGGACCGAAUACGUUUCGCUGAAUGAAUUGCCAUGCAACACAAAAUACGAUGAAAAUUUACUGGCCGAUGCGAAAAAUGUUCGAUUGAUCAGCGGCACCAAUGUGAAACUAAAUGCAAAUGGCAUGUUCGUAUACGAUUCCAGCACAUUGAGAUACAAACGCAGCCUGUGCACCACAUUCAAAGGCUUGCCGACUGCGCAAACAACUGAUACAACUGGUGAUAGUAGCAAACAUGUGACGUCAAAAUUAGAAAAUCAAGAAGUUGUGACUGAGGUUAAAAGGAUGAGCUCGAAUAGUUCACCUCCAUUUGCAAAAAUGGCUUCAGAUUACGAUUCUGCCAGUUUGGACGAUGUUUAUGUCACACUUGCGGCUGACAAACGUGAGCUCAACACUUCACCAAAAUCAGUGGUUUCCGUUUCAGAUUCGGAAUUAAGCGAUACAAGCAGAGAUGCAAAGUCGGACACUUGGCCUGGUGUUGCACAGAAAGAGGACAGUCUCAAAGAGAUGAAGCGUCGUUUCUCUUGGGAAAACAUAACGAAAUCAUCGAAACGAACAUCGAAGCGUCGCCACCGUAAAUUCAUCUUACCACUUAAUUUCAGUGCGAAAAAAUCAUCACCAAAGUCAAAGUCCACAUUUAAAACAUCGACGCCAUUGAAGAAUGCCUCAGAAAAGCCGAUUUCAUCCAAAUCGAAUGUGAAUGAAAACAGUUUCGGCAAUAAUACAUCGAUAUCGCAAGUUACGUUCAAUAAACCACAGACAACUACAUGCAGCGAUCGACUGGGAGUUCCGAAAACCACUCUAAAUGAUUUUAAGAAGCUUCUGCUGAACGCUACAAACAAAAAGAUAUCAACGACAAAGCCAUCCGCUGUCGAGCAAUUAAAAUUGAAGCAUGAAUCAUUGAGUUCAUCGCCAAUGAAAAUACUCGAUUUGAGUUGUUCACCAAAGUCAUUAACGAAUCGUCGUCUUUUGCAACAGACUCAAACGUCUUCAUCGUCGCCAUACAAAAAGACGAAUUUAAUGUCACCACGAUCACGGUGGAAGUACAGUAAUUUCAACAAAAGUUCGAUUGCAUCAAUUCCCGAAGCAAAUAUUGAAGAUGAUGCUACUUCGAUUGACUCAGAGAAUGAUGACAGCAAUGUACAAAUCGUUGAAAGAGUGGACGAGAAAACACCGAUCUACUCCACGCCACAGAAGAAGCCAGUUAUCAACCAAGACCAAAAUGCAAACAUAUCGAAACUCACACCAUCAACGCAGAAGGAAUCAUUUGAACCGAUCAUUGCCAAAACCGAAUCAUCACCCGAAACCGGAAUUAUCGAAACGAAUUUCUCCAUGGAAGAAAACCUCUUCCGGCAAGCCGAAGAGAAUAACUUCAUGAGAGGAGAAAUUAAACCGUACGGUGCAUCACUUGCCAAAAAAUCUACACUCAAACCCAUCGCCGAAGUGUCACAAACUGCCGCCGAUGCGGCACCGGUGACAACACCAGCCCCAACACUCGAAACAUCAUUUUGAAAAUGAAGUACAAAGCCGAAACACUCUCUAUAUUCAGAAGAAGCAUUUUGAUAAGUAACAUUUAUGGACACAUCGUUGGUUGCAUUUUCAUUGCAUGAUAAGCAACAAAAAGUGCAUUCGGUGCGUCACAAACAAGUUUUUUUUUUACACAUUUUGUCGCGCUAGAAAUUUAAGAACCCAUUCUUUCUAACUUAUUUAUUUUUUACAUACAUCCGGACACAUUUUGUAUGAAAUCUAGCAGCUAAUUGUCUAUAUCUUUGUUGAGUAUUAUUUUUUGGACGAAACACUACACAAAACCGUGUGUAAAUACGCGCUUUAACAUUUACUUCCGCAUUCUUUAUUGACACCGUGUGUCAUUAUUAAUCUAUUUAUUUAUUCUUUUUUUUCGUGUUUAUUUUUGCUAAAUUAAAAUUAGAAAAUCGUUAAUUCUUCUUCCUGCUGUCUUCUAUUUCUGUUCUUUUCUUCCUUUUUCUCAAAUAAUUCAUUUGAUGCCAUGUAUAAAUCGAACAGUGUGCCUAUUUAGAAUCGGUUUUUGUAUAUUUUGCAUCUGAAUGCAUUUAUGAAUUGAACCGAUUUUGGUUUCAGCCGAAAGGGAUUGCCAAAUGUUCUGAUCAUUUUUAAAUAUUUGCUGACCAGUCAAUAGUAUUCUCCAAAAUUGAAAUUCAACGAAUCAUACAGUAAAGAACAAAAGAGUUUACACAUUUAAACGAAUUUUUAUACAUAAAAUAAGUCACAAUUCGAAAGCACAUACUACUAAAUAGUUUGAGUCCGAAUAGAAGAAUAGCCAAAUGUUUUGCACUGCGUUGAACAUUCGGCAAAAAUCAGUUUGGUGCCACACAACACUAGUCGCAGUUAAAUCAGCAGCUGAAGCAAAUGUUCAUGAAAAUGGUGUACUCUCUAUGCUAUUCGUUUGCUCAUUGAGUAAACUCUACGUUUUCAUUUAAGAAAAUUUAUUUCAAUAUUUAAUUUAAUUUAUUCCUGAACAUGUUUGGUUAAGUUUGAAUCAAGUGAAUUAAUAUAUUUGUACUUUCAUACGAAUUUCAUUUUUUUCUCGUCUCUUUAAAUACUUGAAUCGCUUAAAUUUAGUGCCGCCUUUGCUUGAGUGUUACUCCAGCGUGAAAUAAGUCAACACAAAGAAUAAAAAGAAUGCAAAUAUUUGCUCUUCGAAUACGACGACGCGUCAAGUCGUACGCUUAAGCCAAUCAAAUGUGACAAAAUAAGGGAAAAAAUAACUUAAUUCGAAACACAUGGCCAACCAUAAGUUCCUUUUUUUUUAAAGAAAAGAAGAAAAAAAUCCACUUUUUUCACAACAAUGUAAAUCAUAUAUAUUUUUGUCAUAAAGAUAUGCAUAAGAUUUUUCCUACAUUCAGCAAAUAAAUUAAGCAUUUGAUUACAUGCAUAAAA